UUUGACUCAACAUGCAGAUCUUCACAGUGCUUCUAUGCCUGUUGCUUCUAAUAACUGCCACCAUCCACCCACAAGUGUUGGCUGCACCAGAUGCGGUGUCUGUCUCAGUCACCUGCUGUUAUAAGAUGGCUACUCAAAAGAUCCAUAUGCGGAAGCUGAAGAGCUACAGGAGAAUCACCACCACCCAGUGUCCCUGGGAAGCUGUGAUCUUCAGGACCAUACUGGAUAAGGAGAUCUGUGCUGACCCCAAGGACAAGUGGGUUGAGAACUCCAUUAAGCACUUGGAUCAGAAGACUCAAACUCGUCAUCCUUGAACCUUCAUGUCUAGGCUGAGAGGCCUAGGGAAAUCUUCUCUACUGUCCCCUACCCUUCCCCACGGGCAGUGCAAUGGUAAUUUAUUAUGAUGUCUAAAGAGAGAUGCUUUUUAAUAAUUUAAAACAUAGUCUUGCUUGAAUAAUAUUUAAUGAUAUUUAAGUUAUAUUUGGGCCAAAUAAACAAUUUAAUUUACAAA